AUGAGACUCUUUACAGCGCAUGCUGCCAAAUGUCGAUUUUUUAUGUUCUAAGAGGUACAUUGCAACCUGUAUAUGUUAUAUUUUUUCAUUAUGUAAUACAAUUUUGUGUAUAUGGCGCAUAUAUUUCUUAUCUUAUAUAUAUUUUGUAUUAUUUUUCUUCUUAUAUCUUAUGUAUUAUCCAUUAACUACUUAAAAAUGCUUCUUCGUAUUGACACGUUCCUCUUGAGCUUUAAUGUAACUUCACGAAGAUAUUUAUAGUGUGAAAUCCUUUUCGAUAUGAUAUAAUUGUUAUAUUUGGAUUUACAUUGCAUUAUCUAUUUUUGUUUUCUUAAACAACAAGCUUACGAAGUCUUUCGUACAUGUAAGUUUAUGAUUUGAUUUGAUCAGAAGAUAAUCAUAUUGUGAUCAAUAAACUUUUGUUUUCAACGCAGAUGAGUUAUUGAUUAAAUCGUAUUUGAUGUACAAGUAUGGAGAGAAAAGGCAUAUGCAUACCUUGUAUUUCAUCCAUUUAAGUAAUUUUCGUUUCAUGUAUUAAUAUGUAAAAUGUCUGAUAAUUAUCGUUGUAGAAUGUAAUAUGGGGCUUUAUGGCAAAGAUUGUCAGGAAGAGUGUGGUCACUGUGUUAUACCUGAGACCUGUCACCACGUCAACGGAUCCUGUCCUGGGCAAUGUGAACUUGGAUAUCAGGGAGAUAAAUGCAAUAGAGAAUGUGAUGUGAAUUUUUAUGGCAAAGACUGUCAGGAAGAGUGUGGUCACUGUAGAGGUCCUGAGACCUGUCAUCACAUCAACGGAUCCUGUCCCGGACAAUGUAAACCUGGAUAUCAGGGAGAUAAGUGUGACUAUAAAUGUGACAAUGGAACAUUUGGACUUUGCUGCAAUUUUAGCUGUGCACAAGGUUGUCUGUCUGUCUGCAAUAAGAUCAACGGAACGUGUGAUCAGUGUCAAUAUGGAUUUGUUGGAAUAUUCUGCAAUAUAACUGUUGCAGAUGUUCAGAGUGAGGCUUCCACGGCUGCUGCUGCAGGAAUAGGCGCUUUCAUGUUAAUACUAGUCAUAAUAGUCAUUGUCCUAGCGGUUAUUUUAGCAAGGAAAGCAAGACAGAAAAAGGAAGGUGACAUAGUCCUAAAAGAAAGAAAACAAGCGUCUAACACCGAAGAAAACAAUAUUGAGGACAGACUAGAUAAAACUGAGAACCAUGCUGCUGUAGAAGAAAAUGCUGAGAUUGAGUACAUUGUCACAGACAACGGUCAAAAGAAAACACUCAUCAAAAUAGCUGAUCUGGGAAGAAUAAUCAAAGUAUUUUCGAUGGAAGAAAAUAAGAAAUUCACAGAGGAAUUUAAGGGAAUACCGUACGGUGAACAGCAACACAUUUCUUGUUCCGUGGCUAAACUACAACUGCGUUAA